AUGUCGCAUGGGCAGUUUGUUACCCUGUCUAACGGAGCUAAGGUACCACAGAUCGGACUGGGGACAUGGCUCUCGAAGCCUAACGAAGUCGAACAAGCGGUUGAGAUCGCCGUGCGAAAUGGUUACCGCCACCUUGACCUUGCGAUGAUUUAUCAGAACCAAGACGAGGUUGGUCGCGCCCUGAAGAAACUGAUUCCGUCGGUCGUCAAGCGCGAGGAAUUGUUCAUCACCUCUAAGCUCUGGAACACCUCGCACAAGGCUGAGCUAGUCGAGAAGGAGCUCGACGAGACACUUUCCCAACUGGGAAUCGAUUAUCUGGACCUUUAUCUGGUGCAUUGGCCGGUGGCCUUUGUCACCGGAAGGGGUGUCAUGCCGGAGCGCGCUGACAAGAAGGAGUGGAUCGAGCUGGAUACAGAUACCACCAUUGUGGAGACGUGGAAGAAGAUGAUUGAACUGCCUAAAACUGGCAAGGUACGGGCCGUCGGCGUCUCCAACUUCACGAUCGAGCACAUCAAAGGCAUCGUGGAUGCUACUGGCGUGUGGCCUGCAAUGAACCAAAUUGAGGCGCACCCUCUUCUGCCUCAGGACGAUCUUGUCGCCUUCUGUAAGGAGCAUAACAUCUCCAUUACGGCUUACAGUCCGUUGGGCAACAACAUGCUCGGCAAGCCGAAAUUGACGGAUUUCCCUGAAGUCAAGGAGGUUGCGAAGAAACUCGACGCAACCCCUGCGCAGGUCCUGAUUGCGUGGGGUGUCUACAGAGGCUACUGCGUGAUUCCCAAGAGUGUCCACAAAGAUCGCAUUAUCUCAAACUUCAAGCAGAUCACUCUGCCUAAGGAGUACUACGAGAAGAUCACGGAGCUGGGGCGCCACCACGCUACGCGUUAUAACAUGCCCUUCCUGUAUGCGCCGCACUGGGAUAUCAGCAUUUUCAAUGACGAUUUAGAGAAGACCGCCACGCACAAGAUCAAGAUUGCGUGA